ACCCACGCUCCCGUCUCAUGUGCCUUUGGAUCCUUGCAUUUCCUCAAGGCUCACCUUCUUCCACGACUCACUCUCUCAACCCGUCAGAUUCUGGUCAGAUCUGACGGCUGAGGCCACACUAAUCUGUUCCUUCCCAAAAUGUUUCGCAAGUAGAUUCUUUCCAAGUUGGUUCUGUAAAUCCCAAGUCCCGCUCUUUUCCUCUUUAUCCUUUUCCACCAGCUUCUCUACUAAAACAACAAUCUCUCUCGCCCGAUCGAACCCUCUGAGAGUAAGAAUAAUGCAGGAACAAGCGACUAGCUCUUUAGCCGCUAGCUCUUUACCAUCGAGCAGCGAGAGAUCUUCUAGCUCUGCUCCACAUUUGGAGAUCAAAGAAGGAAUAGAAAGCGAUGAGGAGAUACGGCGAGUUCCUGAGUUCGGCGGAGGAGCUGCCGGAAAAGAAACUUCCGGUAGAGAAUCCGGAUCGGCGACGGGUCAGGAGCGGGCACAGGCGACUGCUGGGGAAAGUCAAAGGAAGCGAGGGAGGACACCGGCGGAGAAAGAGAACAAGCGGCUAAAGAGGUUGUUGAGGAAUAGAGUUUCAGCACAGCAAGCAAGAGAAAGGAAGAAGGCUUACUUGAGUGAGUUGGAAAACAGAGUGAAAGACUUGGAGAACAAAAACUCUGAGCUUGAAGAGCGACUCUCUACUUUGCAGAACGAGAAUCAGAUGCUUAGACAUAUUCUGAAGAACACAACAGGAAACAAGAGAGGGGGAGGAGGUGGUUCUAACGCUGAUGCAACCCUCUGAUCUCCUUCAAUCUUGUGUUAUAUUUUUGUGGAUAAAAAUUUACAGGGAAUGGUAUUAAUAAUUAUCAUGUUAAAUUUAUAUGGAAUGUGACAGCUAAAUUUCCAAUUGUAGACCAAGUUCUCUUGUUGUAGUCAUUCAAAGAUAAUUGUGUUUUUAACAAAGAAGAAAGAUCUUGUUUUGGUAUAUGACAUUGUGACAGUGUA